AUGUCCACCUACCAAUCUCAACCUCAGUCUACUAAAACCUGGUUCAACUCCAAUUCUGACGACAUUCUAAGCAAUUCGCAGCUCCCUGUCAAUUCUGAACAACAGCCAAUGGGCGUUGAUCAGAGUGCAAAUGCCCAGGCCUUGUCCAUUUCCAUGCAAAGUCUAUUUGCGAUCUACAGCUCUAUGGCCGAGAAUCAUCAACUAAUUCCCGGUCAUAGCGACGCCAAUUUCAAGUCCAAUGGUAUCACCAGGCCAUUACACGUUGAUGUACUUAUUCAGCAGCAACAAGAAAGGCAAAAAAAGCUGCAGAAUGCGGAUGCUUUGGCCUCCAAGCUUGCAGGAAUUGCCUUGAGAGACAGCGAUGGGUCUCGCAGCAGCGGAUCUCCAGCAUCUCAGCUCUCUUCUCUCUCUUUGAUGCCCGGUGGAAGUGUUCAGCAGCGCCAGCAAUUGGAUAAUUCGUCUUCCGUAACUGAACCUACAUCUGCUUCUAAUGGUAUGCCUGCUCCUGGGCUUCAAAGGCAAAUUAGUGAUGCUUCCCAGCAAAGACCAAUGACUCCACAUAUGUUGGAUCCGUCCCAGAUUCGCUGGUACUAUUUGGAUCCCCGGGGAAUUCAGCAGGGACCUUUUGAUGGCAAUACCAUGCAGCAGUGGUACACGCAGAAGUAUCUUGCUCUUGAUCUAUGUAUCAGAAGGGAGGGCCACUCAAAUUACAAGACUUUAGGAGACUUUGUUUCUUUCAUUGGUGAGUAUCAGUAUCCAUUCUCCGUUCCUUUGCCUGUUGUACAUGUUCCUGUAAAUUCUGGUCCUGUUGUUCAAAUUGAAACUCCUGGAACUCCUGUCAAUUCUGCAGCGACCCCUUCAGCUGCUGUUGAAAUAGCAGGCACCUCUUCGGGCCCUGUCAGGUCUUCCUUUCAAGCCUUUGAAUCUACAUCAGGAUUUCUUGCUUCUUCUGAUCCCUCAGCUCCCUCAGCUCCCUCAGCUCUCUCGGCUCUCUCGGCUCCCUCUUCUUCAUCUGCUUGGUCUGUUGGAAAUGCUGAUUUCUUCAAAAACGAUAUGUAUGCCAAUCCUUCCUUCUUGCAUAGCGAUGCUGCAUUGAAUGUAUCCGGUAAGUUGUUUGGUAAUGAUGACAAGAAACUGAAACAGUUGGAGCCUGAGGUGUUGCUACAAUCGCAGCCUGAGCCUCGGUCCGAGCCCCUCUCUGAACUCCACUCUGAGUCCCAGGUUGAGUUUUCAAAGCCCAAAUCCAAAAAGCAUAAGCUUGAAAAGAUCAGAGCUGAGCCAAAAUCCGAUUUCCUUGAGGAAUCAGAAAUCAAGACACCUUCAAAACAUCAUAUUCAACCACAUGUUGUUAAGACUUCGGAGUCGUCCAAACCAAGCAAAAAGGGAAGCAAGACUGUCAUUGCUCCCUGGGCUUCCAGUACUGCCCAAUCUACUGCUCCUCCCAGAUCCCUGACUGAUAUUCAGAGAGAAGAAGAAGAAGAGAAGAAGAAACUUGAAGUAAAAGCUAGAAGUCUCUUGGAAGAGCAGGAUAGGUUGUUGGCUUCAAAGCUGGCACUUGAAGAGGAAAGAGGGGACUCGAUUUCAGACGAUUUAUCUUCGUAUGUAAUGCAACAGCCGGACAACGAUUCUGCUUCGUUGCCUACAACUUCCACCUGGGGCAGUUCCUCCGGUAACAAUGUCGUUAAACAGCCCGUGAAGAGUUUGGAAGAGAUUCAACGUGAAGAAACCAGGAUGGCUGUUGCUAAAGAGCGGGCUUUGGCCGCUUCCCAUCAUCAGAAGAGUAUUGCCUCUGCUAUUGCUGCGCAGAAACAGACUUUUGCAUCCUCCGUUUCCUCUGGUUCUUCUCGUAGUAACGACAGCAGUUGGACCGUAGUUACCAGUAAGAAGGUUAAGAGCGUUGCCACUAAUGGAUCUGCUCUCUCUGCGUUGCACAGGCAGCAUACGGCAACUUCUCUUUCACCUGCUACAUUGCGGUCUGUUUCUUCAAAUGCUCACGCUGCCGCUUAUGGCUCCUCCAAUGCUAAAGUUAUUAAGGCAGUUGCCACCACGGCACCAUCUUCUUCUGGAGAUUACUUCGCCGCCAAGCAGUUUUUGGCCUGGUGUAGAGUUCAAUUGCAAGGCCUUUAUACGACCGUGAACAGAGAAGAUGUUCUUUCCAUCAUGCUUCAACUUCCAGCAGGCUCUGAGUCCACAGAAAUUAUCUCAGAUACCAUAUACUCGAAUUCGUCCGUCAUGGAUGGACGGAGGUUUGCCGGCGAGUUCAAUAAGCGCAGGUGCAAGGUCGAAGAGUAUGUUGUCAAGCAGGGUUACGACUUUAACUGGCAAGAACUACUUCAGAACAGAACCACAACUUCUACUGCUUCGGCCUCCCAUGAUGAUAGUUGGGAUACAGCUUUUACUAAGGUUGUGUCCAAGAGGAGCAGAAGAAGAAACUAA